AUGGAUCUUUUUCAUGCCAAUGGGAAGAACUACUUGUUAGUAACGGACUACUACUCCCGCUACAUCGAAAUCGCUCUUCUGGAGAACCAGAGGCCGGAGACAGUCAUCCUUAAGUCAAAGUCGAUUUUUGCGAGACAUGGGUUUCCGGAAACGGUGGUCACGGACAACGGGCCACAGUUUCGCUCAGAGUUCACCAUUUUUGCCAAGGAUUGGGGUUUUGCACACAUCACUUCGAGCCCCAAAUAUCCACAAAGUAAUGGUUGCGCUGAAGCAGCGGUAAAAAUCGCGAAAGCGAAGAUAUCGAAAUCGUCUGACCCUUACAGAGCACUCCUAGCGUAUCAAGCAACGCUCCUGGCCAAUGGUUUCAGCCCUGCUGAACUGCUGUUCAACAGACGGUUGCGCGCACAUGUACCUAUUGCGGCGGAGCUGCUGCUACCAUCUGUGCCCAAUGCUGAUCAGCUGAGCGCAUUUGAAGGCGAAAGAAGAAAACGUCAAGAAAUAAAUUUCAACAGGCGCCAUUCUGUCCGAGCACGUGAGGAGUUCCAACCUCAGCAGAAGGUCUGGGUAACUGACUUCAAACGCCACGGAACGAUAUUGAGUGUGGCUGACACUCCUCGGUCCUACUAG